GCACCCCCACCCGCCUCGCCACCCAGGAUGCGGCCGGGCCGCCGGGCCCUCUGCGUGCUGGUCCUGCUGUUCGCCUGCGCCUCGCUCCGGCUCCUGUACGUCAGCGUGUGGGACGAGCGGGGCCCCCGGGCGCCGCCUGCGCUCUGGGCGCCCCAGCCCCUGCAGACCCUCCCGGGCGCGGAGCCGCCUGACCUCGCCCCUGAGCCGCGCUACGCACACGUACCGGUCAAGCUCAAGGAGCGAGUGGCCAGGCUACUAGCUUGGAACAACUGUAGCUGUGAGUCCAGUGGCGGGGGGCUCCACCUCCCCUUCCAGCGGCAUGUCCAAGCCAUGGACCUCACCAAAGCCUUUCACCCAGAGGAGCUGAGGGCCGCCUCCGCCUCCCGGGAGCAGGAGUUCCAGGCCUUCCUUUUAAGGAGCCAGUCUGCCACUGACCAGCUGCUCAUAGCUCCUGCCAACUCCCCGCUCCAGUACCCCCUGCAGGGCGUGGAGGUCCAGCCCCUGAGGACCAUCUUGGUACCAGGGUUGAGCCUACAAGCAGCUUCUGGUCAGGACAUAUACCAGGUGAACCUGACUGCCUCCUUGGGCACCUGGGACGUGGCAGGGGAAGUAACCGAGGUGACUGUCACCGGAGAGGGGCAGCCAGAGCUCACCCUCACCAGCCCCAGGCUGGACCACCUCAACCGGCAGUUACAGCUGGUGACUUACAGCAGCCGGAGCUACCAGGCGAACACAGCUGACACAGUGCGUUUCUCCACCCACGGACAUCUGGCUGUGUUCACCAUCCGCAUCAGACACCCCCCCAACCCUCGGCUGUACCCCCCGGGGUCUCCGCCUGUGGGAGCCCAGUACAACAUCAGCGCCCUGGUCACCGUUGCCACCAAGACCUUCCUCCGGUACAGUCGGCUCCGCGCUCUCAUCGCCAGCAUCCGGCGCUUCUACCCCACGGUCACGGUGAUCAUCGCCGAUGACAGCGACACGCCGGAGCGCGUGAGCGGCCCCCACGUGGAGCACUAUCUCAUGCCAUUCGGCAAGGGCUGGUUCGCAGGCCGGAACCUGGCCGUGUCCCAAGUAACCACGAAGUACGUGCUGUGGGUGGACGACGACUUCGUCUUCACUGCGCGGACGCGGCUGGAGAAGCUCGUGGACGUGCUGGAGCGGACGCCGCUGGACCUGGUGGGCGGCGCGGUGCGCGAGAUCUCGGGCUUCGCCACCACGUACCGGCAGCUGCUGAGCGUGGAGCCGGGCGCGCCGGGCCGCGGCAGCUGCUUCCGACAGAAGCGCGGCUUCCACCACGAGCUGGUCGGCUUCCCCGGCUGCGUGGUCACCGACGGCGUGGUCAACUUCUUCCUGGCGCGCACCGACAAGGUGCGGGAGGUCGGUUUCGACCCGCGCCUCAACCGCGUGGCGCACCUGGAGUUCUUCCUGGAUGGCCUCGGCUCGCUUCGGGUGGGCUCCUGCUCAGAUGUCAUCGUGGACCACGCGUCCAAGGUGAAACUGCCCUGGACGUCGAGGGACGCCAGUGCGGACACCUAUGCCCAGUACCGGUACCCGGGAUCCCUGGACGAGAGCCAGGUGGCCCGGCAGCGCCUGCUGUUCUUCAAACACCGGCUGCAGUGCAUGACCUCGGAGUGAAGCCUUCCCACACCCGGACCUGCCUCCUGCCCUGGGCCCCCCGCCACGCUUCCACCCCAAGGCGCAGCCUCCCCUCUCCCCUCCUCAGAACCUGAUCCCAAAUAAGGCUUGUCCUGGUGCCACUGCUCCUCCUGCCAGUGCCCAGGGCUGUGCUGGAGCUGGAACAGCCCACAGCCCGUGCCAAGGCCUCCCCACCCCUUCUAAGGGGCAGGAAGUGGGGGGGUCACUCUCCAAGUGCCAAAGAGCCCCGGGGACUCUCAGAAUCUAAAGUGGAAACACUCUUCCGCUCAUCUCCUUGGACUGAGGGGUUGGGAGCCCCCAAUAUGUAUUUGCAGGGCUGUGUCCCCCAUUCCCACCUCUGGAUCCAGGACUCUGCAUUGGGUCCACUCCCCCACCCCAGGGAGCAACCUGGUGACUCUGGAGCUGGGGUGGGGGUGAACACACAGCAGAAAGUU